AUGGAGCUGAGAGUCCCCAGGAGGCGGGGGGCCCAGGAGCCUGUAGCCUCCUUCCUCCGGGACCCGAACACAGGGCGCAUCUACAGGCGGGGGCGACUGCUGGGCACGGGUGCCUUUGGCAGAUGCUACAAACUGACGGACAUGUCCACCAAUAGAGUCUUUGCCCUCAAGGUGGUGCCCCGGGGAAGACUCAGUGGGCUGGACCAGUGGGGGAAGAGGGGGCCGCCUUCUCGCCGGCAGGUGGAACGGGAGAUUGAGCUCCAUAGCCAGCUGAGGCACCGGAAUGUGGUUGGCUUCCACGGGCACUUUGCUGACCGGGACAACGUCUAUUUGGUGUUAGAGUACUGCAGCCGCAAGUCCUUGGCCCAUGUCCUGAAGGCCCGAAAGACGCUGACUGAGCCUGAGGUUCGCUACUACCUACGGGGCAUUGUGGCUGGUCUGCAGUACCUCCACCAGCAGGGUAUCAUCCACAGAGACCUCAAGCUCAGUAACUUCUUCAUUACUAAGAACAUGGAGGUGAAAGUUGGCGACUUGGGACUGGCCACGAAAGUGGGGCCUGGGGGGCACUGCCAUGGGGGGCUCUGUGGGACCCCCAACUACCUGGCCCCAGAGGUUGUCUCCCGAAAGGGCCACUCCUUCCGGUCAGACAUCUGGGCUCUCGGCUGCAUCAUGUACACAGCACUGACGGGCUUCCCCCCCUUCAAGGCCAGCCCACUGCCUGAAAUGUAUCGGAACAUCCGCGAUGCCCACUAUCCUGUGCCCGCUCACCUCUCCCCCAAUGCCCGAAGGCUCAUUGCCCGCUUGCUGGCCCCCAACCCCGCUGACCGGCCCAGCCUCGACCAGGUCCUGGAAGACGACUUCUUCACCCAGGGCUUCACCCCAGACCAAUUGCCUCCAAGGUCCUGCCACACAGCACCCAUCUUCACCAUCCCCCAACCCUUGGACAAACUCUUUCAGAAGGCCACCCAACUGUUCCUGGCUGUGACCCAACGCCGGGCCCCACGAUCAUUUGUCCCAAAGAUGCCAACAGCCCCAGCCCCAGAGGACCCCCUGAAAACUCCCAGGGAGGCAGCCAAAGAGGGCCUUUCUCAUCCUCCCCACAAGGCUGAAGCUCCUGAGGGACAAACUCGUCCCCAAGUACCCUACCUGGAGACCCCUAUCCACCUGCUCCUACGGAGAAGCCUUAGGGGGAGAAGCCUUAGGGGUCACUUGCCGGGCACAGAAGAGUCCCCAGGAAUCCCAGGUGAUGGGGCUGAGGUGGUUACCAGGCUCCUGCAGAAUUGCCUGGACUUUAUGCCAGCAGGGGAGCAGGACCCACCCGGGCGGCAGCAGCCGGUACUGUGGGCCACCAAGUGGGUGGAUUAUUCUAACAAGUACGGCUUUGGCUACGAGCUCUCCGACGGCAGCACUGGGGUCCUUCUCCGGGAUGGCACCCACAUCGCUCUCCAGCCGGCCCUGGGGUGCAUAAGCUACUCUCCGGUUCAGGGUGAGGUGGUGACCUUUACCUGGAGGGAUAUUCCUGACUCCCUGGCCACCAAAGUGGCGGUGCUGCAGCUCUUCACCCGCUACAUGCAGCGGUGGCUGUUAGAGGGUGGGAAACUUCCUGCACAGCCCAGUCUGAGCCCUGGCCCUGGCUUCUCCCUGCUCCACUUCCUCAAGUCGGACCAGGCCCUGCUCCUGCUCUUCAGCAAUCAGACAAUGCAGGUCAACUUCUACCAUGACCACACCAAACUGCUCCUGAAUUGGGCCGGGGAGGAACCCCUGCUCACCUACAUUGACCAGGAGCGGCAGGCCACCUCCCAUCCACUGGGCGUCCUGCAGCGCCACGGCUGCAGUGAGGCCCUGCGUCAGCGCCUUCGCUAUACCCUCCACCUGCUCUGGACCUUCUAGCGCCCUUUCCUCGACCCUCUGGGAUACCAGGGGAGGAGGCAGGGGUCUGCAGGGUGGCCGCCUGAACCCCGGCGAGGAGAACAAACCAGAAAAGCCACGUGAGGAAAGACUGCAAGUAGGGAAGAUGCGGGACUCAGAGACGAAGGGGGCAAAGGGCACAAGAGGUACAGAGGGCCAUUGGCAGGAUGGGUGGGGAUGAGAGAUCCAGGGAGAAAAGAAACCAGAAGAGCUGAGGAGAAGGGGCUUGGACACGGAGAAGAGGAGGCAGGCAGAGGGCUUGGGGUGGGCCAGGUGGAAGGGGGAUUUGAGAGAAUUCUUUGGAAGCUUCAGAGACUCUCUCGGCCAGCCCCUUCAUUUAACAGAUGGGGACCUUGAGGCCCGAAGAAGGGAAGGGACUUAGCCAAGGACACAGAGAGUGGAAGACCCAGGACUAGAACCCAGGGCUCUUCACUCUCAUUUUCAGUCCACUGCCCCAUUCCCUACCCCAUGCUGCCCAACUUCCAGGAAAACCAGCAGCAACUGAGGCUGGAGUGAGAGCCAAAGGGAUGGGCAGAAGCAAAGGCAAGUGGAAGGAGAGCUGGAGCAGUUUCCUUCGGCCCCCAUGGACCCAUUAAGGUCAGAGCUGAUGUCAGUUCGGUACCAAGAUCAAGCUUCAAAAAAAAAAACAACAAACCAAGAUGAAAUUUAACAGGCAUAAAUGCAAAGCUCUGCUCUUGGGUUCAAAAAAUUAACUACACAAGGACAAGAUGGGGGAGAUGCAGCCAGAAAGAUCAUGUGAAAAGGAUCUGGGGAUUUCAGUGGACCACAAGGUCCAUAUGAAGCGACACAGACGUUGCAGCCCCCAAAGCUUUGUCCAGUCCUGGGUUGUAGAAGAGAGAAAAAAACAUUGAGAGGGAAGAAGGUGGGAGACAUGCCGCCCUUUACUGUGUUCAGACAUUUAGAGGACAGCAUUAGGGAGGACGUUGGUAAGUCGGAGUGCAGCUGAAGGCUGGACAGCACACUGAGGGCCCUGAAAAUUAUGUCGUACCAAAUCAGCUGAAGGAAUUUGGGGAUGUUAGCCUGGAGGAAAAAAGAUGUGGGGGAUGGGAGAGACAUGACGGUUUGGGUUUUUCCCCAAAUAUCUGAAGGUUUGUCAUGUGGAAGAGGGAUGAUGUCCCCUAUUUGAGACCUGUUCUGCCUGGCCCUGGAGGUCAGAUCUAAGAUCAUUGAAAGGAAGUUGCAGGAAAGAAAUUUAGGAGAAAUCUGUCCGACAAAGAAACAGACUGCCCUGGGGGUAGGGGCGCCCUGUCCCUGGAGGUCUUCAGACUUCCAUUUAUUGGCGAUGUCAUCAUAGAUUCAUACGGCACGGAGGCGGCCCCGUUUGAUCUUACGGCUGAUUAAAUACUCAGUGUAGGAGAGGGAAUGAUGGGACAGGUGAUCUGCAGACUCCCGUCCCUGCUGGAUUUGGCCCGGGGUAAGGUAGGCAGGCACAGGCCAAAAGCGCCAGGUGGGAGCCAACGUGGCCUGAGGGCAUCUUGCAAGGUGCCCCUUGUGCUGGACUCGGUGUCUCCUAAA